UGGAUUGGAAGGCAAUAGCCUCAGCGAAAUGGAUGGCUUUGUGUUGUGUAAAGAUGCCGACGACGGCAGUGUCAGGCUUGAAGGGUGAAAGUCUCGGCAAUGUUCCUCUCAUUGCCAUCGGACCUGCCAUCUGCGUCCCUGGUGUGGCAGCCAUCUUCCUGGCCAACAAAACCAACGGCUGUACGGAAUGUCCUGCACAGUGGCGCCGUAAAAAGAGGAAGAAGAAGCCUCAAAUGAGGCAAAACCAGUCCACAAUCCCUAAAGAACCAACACUGGAAAGAAAAUGUGGAGAGUUUCAGGCUGGUGAAGACUCAUCAUCUUCCACAACUACAGGGGAGUCCAUCUGGCUAACAUGUAAAGCUGAGAAGGACGAGGUGCUCCUCUACCUAAGACCAUACCACUCUUCUAGUGCCUUGGUUGCCACUGCGUGUGUCUCUUCUUACUGCAUGUUUGAGAAGGUGCAUUCCCCAAUGGAGAAUAUGGUCCACACUGGUACGCCACAUCUGCCCUUCAGUACUACUGAGCCUUGCUACAAAAAGGACAGAGAUCCUACAAUCCUGCCUUAUUGGUCUUUCACACAACCCAGAGACUGCAGAUGGGACUAUGAGACUGUGGUCUGAUUAACUUGCUCUAGGAAUAAGUACAGAACCAAACCGUUUUCUUUUUUGUUUUGUUUUGUUGUCUUAUCUGGGUCUUGUUGCCAGUGUAGUGGAAUAGAGGUCAUCUAAGUUUGUAUUGCGUGUUGCGUCACAGUUUAUUUCAAGUCUAGGUUCGGAAAUUCAGUAAAGAUGGAACCAAUAGUAAUGGGGCAGACUGCUGGCCAGUAUAAAAACCCUGCAUGUUUUGGGCCCUGUUGAAUCUAAUCAUUGAGCCAUUAUAAAAUGUUCAUAGGCUACUAAACUUGUAGAAAACUUGACCGAUGAACAUUUUAGUGUGUGGAUUUACUUUGUGCACUCUGCCUGUCAUGAGAAUGAAUGAAUUAUGAAAUACAUUUCUUUAUGCUUAUACCGUUCUCUUCCAAAUGUGUUCCAGGCCGUUUAUGUCCCUUUCUUGCAAAUGAGUUUGUUUACAUUGCACAGACAUCCGCUUACAGAACACUGACACAUGACACUGACAGUUGGUUACAUAUAUACUGGGGAUGAGUUUGUAGUUAGCCGAGAUCAGUGGUUCCCAAAGUAUGGGGCGGCCCCCCCACCCCAGGGUGUGGCGUGGAGUGUACAGCAAGGGGGGGUGUUGGUUGAACCUAAACAACUAACUACAGGAAAAAAAUGAAGUGUGUCUAGUUAUGAAUGCAAUGGACAUGCGCCUAACAUCAACAUUGUAUGGACUGAUG